CUCAGAGCUAGAGGCUGUCGGGGACGCGCGCCGGCGGCAGAGGGCCCGCCCGCCUUCCGAGAACAAGUUGUGGGCCGGCCGGAGCGAGCGAGCGAGCCGGGCCUCGGGGACUGAGGAGGCGCCGCGGGUUUGCGGAGCCCGGCUCGCGAGGCCGCCCUCCUCCAUGCUCUGCCUCGCCCGCCGCCGCCGGCGCCCUGUGACCAGGCCCGGUGCUCAGCGUGGCUGCCGCGGGGGCCAUGGGGAGCUCUGCCUCCUCGCUGGCCGCGGAGACCGAGUCGGACCACGGCUUCCCCCGGGGCCCGCCCUGCUCGGGGCCCCCGGCAGCGGCUGGCUGGGGUAGGAGUGGCCCCGGGGGGCCUGCGUGGGGUGGCAGCCUGGGCACCCGGCAGCACCCGCCCCCGCGGCCCCGGGCCCGAAGCCACACGCACUCGCCUGGGCCCAUGGCCACGGUUGGGGAGUGGGCCUGCGCACGCUGCACCUUCCUGAACCCGGCCGGCCAGCGCCAGUGCUCCAUCUGCGAGGCCCCGCGGCACAAGCCUGACCUGGACCGGAUCCUGCGGCUCAGCGUGGAAGAGCAGAAGUGGCCAUGCGCCCGUUGCACAUUCCGCAACCUUCUGGGCAGGGGGGCCUGCGAGGUGUGCGGCUUCACCCCCGAGCCUGGCCCGGGGGCCCCCCCACUGCCCAUCAUCAACGGGGUGCCCCCAGAGCCCCCGGGCAGCUGCCGGGACGAGGCAGGGCCCCUGCGGACGGCGGGGCCGGUGGCCGUGGAGCCGGCGGGUGGACGGCCAGUGGAGGCAGAGGGGCAGGAGGGGGGCGCGGCCGCGCCUGGGAGCGGCUGGGCCUGCCAACGCUGCACGCUGCACAACACGCCUGUGGCCAGCUCCUGCUCAGCCUGCGGGGGGCCCCGGAAACUCUCGCUGCCCAGGAUCCCUCCCGAGGCACUUGUGGUCCCGGAAGUUGUGGCUCCUGCAGGCUUCCCUGGUGUGUCGGCCCCGGCCCAGCCUGGGGAAGGCGCCGAGGCCAACCCUCCUUCUGCCGUGGACCAGGAGCCCCCCCGGGGGCCACCCUUCAGCCCAUUCUCGCUCACCCUCCAGAACAACCCCGUGCCUCGCAGCCGCCGCGAGGUGCCCCCGCAGCUGCAGCCACCGGUGCCUGAGGCCGCCCAGCCCUCGCCCUCUGCCGGCUCCAAGGGGCCCCCCCAGGGCCUGGGGCGGCCCGUGGCUGGGGCCUCCCGCCUGGCAGAGCUGCUGUCAGGCAAGCGGCUGAGCUUCCUGGAAGAGGAGGAGGCUGAGGGGGGCCCCAUGCUGCGCCCCCCAGGGCCCGCCAGCCCUGCGCACUGCGAGGCCAGCACCAGCACGACAGGCAGCGAUGUCAUCGACCUGGGUGGCGACAGCGUGCGUUACACGCCGGCCAGCCCCUCCAGCCCCGACUUCACCACCUGGUCGUGCGCCAGGUGCACGCUCAGGAACCCCACGGCGACCCCCCGGUGCACGGCGUGCGGCUGCUCCAAGCUUCACGGCUUCCAGGAGCACGGCGACGCCACCGCCCGCUGCCCCGACUGCAGUGCGGACCAGCCCGGGCCCUGCCCAGCCCACAAGGCCAGCCGCCCCCUCCCUGCGGCGCCGUCUGAGCGCCCAGGCCAGUGGGCCUGCCCCGCCUGCACCCUGCUCAACGCACCUCGGGCCAAGCACUGUGUCACCUGCCACACCCCCCAGCUCAUGGCGGCCCAGCGCCGGGGCGUAGCGCCCCUGCGGCGCAGGGAGAGUGUGCUCGUGGAGAAGCGGCGGCAGACAGACGAGGGCGAGGCCAAGGCCCUGUGGGAGGACAUCGUGGCCUUUUGCCGGGAGAACAGCGUGAACUUUGUGGACGACAGCUUCCCCCCCGGGCCCGCGUCUGUGGGCUUCCCCGCGGGCGACAGUGUCCAGCAGCGCGUGCGACAGUGGCUGCGGCCGCAUGAGAUCAACUGCUCUGUGUUCAGGGACCACGGCACCUCCUGGUCCGUGUUCCACACGCUCCGGCCCUCGGACAUCCUGCAGGGUCUCCUGGGGAACUGCUGGUUCUUGAGUGCGCUGGCAGUGCUGGCCGAGCGGCCAGACCUGGUUGAGCGGGUGAUGGUCACACGCAGCCUGUGUGCAGAGGGUGCCUACCAGGUGCGGCUGUGCAAGGACGGCACGUGGACGACAGUGCUGGUGGAUGACAUGCUGCCCUGUGACGAGGCCGGCUUCCUGCUCUUCUCCCAGGCUCAGCGCAAGCAGCUGUGGGUGGCCCUCAUUGAGAAGGCACUGGCCAAGCUGCACGGCUCCUACUUCGCGCUCCAGGCCGGGCGCGCCAUAGAGGGCCUGGCCACGCUCACCGGUGCCCCCUGUGAGAGCCUGGCCUUGCAGGUCAGCUCCACGAACCCCCGCGAGGAACCGGUGGACACUGACCUCAUCUGGGCCAAAAUGCUGAGUUCUAAAGAGGCUGGGUUCCUCAUGGGCGCCUCCUGUGGUGGGGGCAACAUGAAGGUGGACGAUGCUGCCUAUGAGAGUCUAGGCCUGCGUCCCCGCCACGCCUAUUCCAUCUUGGAUGUCCGGGAUGUCCAGGGCUCCAGGCUCUUGCGCCUACGGAACCCAUGGGGCCGCUUCUCCUGGAACGGCAGCUGGUCAGACGAGUGGCCACACUGGCCGGGGCACCUGCGGAAUGAGCUCAUGCCGCAUGGCAGCAGCGAGGGUGUCUUCUGGAUGGAGUACAGCGACUUCGUCAGGUACUUCGACUCCGUGGAUAUCUGCAAGGUCCACUCGGACUGGCAGGAGGCCCGGGUGCAAGGCAGCUUCCCCAGCUCGGCCAGCGGGCCGGUGGGCGUGACGGCCCUCACGGUGCUGGAGCGCGCAUCCCUGGAGUUUGCCCUCUUCCAGGAGGGCAGCAGGCGCUCGGACUCAGUGGACAGUCACCUCCUGGACCUGUGUGUCCUGGUGUUCCGGGCCUCCUUCGGCAGCGGCGGCCGCCUGAGCCUGGGCCGCCUGCUAGCCCACAGCAAACGCGCUGUGAAGAAGUUCGUCAACUGUGACGUGAUGCUGGAGCCUGGCGAGUACGCCGUGGUGUGCUGUGCCUUCAACCACUGGGGCCCUGUGCCCGGCCCACCCGCCCUGCAGGCCUCCAGCCCCUCAGCAGGCGCCCCACGCAACACCCCGGAGGCACCCGGCCACGUGCUGGCCGUAUACAGCUCGAGGCUCGUCAUGGUGGAGCCCGUAGAGGCCCAGCCGACCACGCUGGCCGACGCCAUCAUCUUGCUCACGGAGAGCAGGGGCGAACGGCACGAGGGCCGCGAGGGCAUGACCUGCUACUACCUGACGCACGGCUGGGCGGGGCUCAUUGUGGUUGUGGAGAAUCGGCACCCCAAGUCUUAUCUGCACGUGCAGUGCGACUGCUCCGACAGCUUCAACGUGGUGUCAACACGCGGCAGCCUGCGCACCCAGGACAGCGUGCCGCCCCUGCACAGGCAGGUCCUGGUGAUCCUGUCUCAGCUGGAAGGGAAUGCCGGCUUCUCCAUUACCCACCGCCUGGCGCACCGCAAGGCAGCGCAGGCCUUCCUCAGCGACUGGACGGCCUCCAAGGGCAGCCACAGCCCUCCACUCACGCCCGAGGUCGCUGGCCUGCACGGGCCCCGGCCGCUGUGACCUCCCUGCCCCCACCCGCCUGUCCCCACACGCACUUUAUGAGGGAGACCCCAACACAGGACGCUUGAACCACAAUCUCAGGACCCCCACCCAGGGAGCUCCAGCUGCGGGCACAGCUCCCCUGGCCCUCCCCCCACCUCUCCCUCCUGCCCAGGGCAUCCCAGUCACCCAGCAGAUUACCUCGAACCCACCUCCAGCUCUAGGGAGCCAUGUGCCAGCCUCUCUGAUCAGGCCACCUUGAGGUCUGGCUCCAACCUCCAGAGUCAGGGUGAGGCUGCCCCUUAUCCAUGGGCCUGGGUCUCCUGCCCUGGUCAGGCAGCCAUGUGCUCCAAAUCCAAAUCUGGGCAGGUCAGAGGCCAGGACCCUAGAAUGAGAGCAGGGACCACCCUUGUUGUAGGGGUCAGAGGUCAGGACUUCAGGGAGAGAGCAGGGACCAUUUCCAUUUUGUGAUCAGAGGCCAGGACCCUGAGGUGAGCAGGGACCACCCCCUUGCUGGGUCAGGCCAGGACCCCAGGGUGAAAGUAGGGACCACCUCUAUUUUAGGGGGUCAAGGCCAGGGCCCAAGGAUGAGAGCAGGGACCACCCCAGUUUGGGGAGGUCAGAGGUCAAGACCCCAGGGUGAGAGUAGGGACACCCCUUUGUGGCCAGAGGUUGAGAGCCUUCCCUCAGUUUGCCCCCAUAUCCCACCUAUCCGCCCCCCCCCCCACCACCGCAAGCCCUCAUGUGGCCAGCAGGGGUCCCUGGAGCCCCAGCAGGGUCCGAGGAAGGUGCCUGGAACUGUGGGGUGAGCCAGGGUGGGGAGGGGCACUAUGCAAUUCCUGGCGCGCAGCCAGGGUCGAAGCCAUGCCCUGGGCUAGGGCUAGGGCUGGGGCUGGGGCUGGGGCGGCGGCCAGGUGGGCCUGGGCCCAGCCCCGUGCUUGGCACCACCUGACCUGCAGGAGACGCGGAGUCCCAGAGUCCCCGGGCUGUGUCCAGGCACAUGCAGGGUGGGCCCCAGCCCCACACCCUUCCCCCUGAGCCAGCGUUCUCCCUGCACUGCUCAACCCUGAGCUCUGUGUCUGCCUGGGGACGACUAAGGCUGCUUCCUGGGUGCCCAGCCUCGCUGCUCAGCAGCCCCUGGCAGCGAGCGGCCCUGCCCAUGGUCCCUCGCUUUCUGUGGGGCUUGCUGGGUUGGGGGGAGCAGAUUCACUCCUGGAGAAGCACUAGACCCCCGGCCCCCUUUGUACUCCUCCUGUUACUCUGACUGGGGGGCUCGCACCUGGAGGAGCACCAGAAGCACUAGACCCCCCACCCCCGCCCCCUUUGUACUCAUCCUCGUACUCUGAGCUGUGAGUAUUUUUAACCCUGUACAUACGGCAGCUCUUCUGACACAGAGACUAUUUUAUCAACGUCAGCGCCAUCCCGGUAGGAUGACCCCAUGGGUGUUUCCAGACUCAGGCUCCG